AUGGAAAAUAUUUUAAAGAAUUGGAAGAACGUUUCUUGGGAAGAUAUACAGCUGCGUGUGGAUAGUGAGAUUAAAGCCAUAGGGAUACGACAAGAUGAAGGCGAAGAACGACGUAAAGUACUUGUUGAAGAAAGCAACAAAUAUCGCGAAAACACAAAUAAGGAGUCUCGUAAAGUCGCUAUACCACUUAUCAAGGCAUUCCAAAAUGAAGUGGAUCAUUUGACUCUCAGGGGUAAAGCUAUCGAAGCAGCAUUAAUUGAAAUCUGCUCACAACUUAUCACUUUAGCCGUUAUAUGUUUCUCUCUUCGUUUUCAAGGUAAUCUCAUGUCGGUCUUCACUGCGCCAUCUUUGUCUAUGUUUUUUUUUCUGACCGUAUCUCACAUUCUUUUACAGGCGAUUUUCCCUCUUUUCCACUUUAAGUGA